UAGUAAAAAGUAAGACGCUCGUGGAGCACAAGCAAAAGUUGAAAGUGGUGGGCACGAAAUGUAACAUGCAAAUUGGCCUUGCCUUUUCAUCCAAAUUAUAAUAAUACUGCUAGUAGUAGUCUUCUCUGACCAUUGACAGCAUUUCGACUUUCAACACUUUGCUGCCAAUCCCACUAAGCCAUUAACCAUGGAUCUCUCUCUCGAUUUCAGAUACCGAUCAUCUUUUCUUCCCCCGAAACUCAACUUUCCAUCCACUCAUCCACCAAAGCUCUCCAUUCCCAUCAUUUCUCCCCUACCAUCGCUUCAUCUUCAAGGAACUCAUCGCCUAACGAUCGCAGCAGCUGCCGGGAAGAAGAAGAACAAGAUUGAGGGAGUCAGUGAAGAGUUGAACUUGAUUGCCUCACAGAAUCUUGACUAUGGUGCUGCUCGCAGAAGAGUUCGAUCUGCUUUCAUUGAAGUGCAGCAGCAACUUGAUCACAUCUUGUUCAAGAUGGCUCCUCCUGGUGUAAGAGCAGAAGAGUGGAUUGAAAGGAAUUCAAAGGGAUUGGAGAUUUUCUUUAGAAGAUGGAUGCCAGAACCAGGGGUUAAAAUCAAGGGUGCUGUAUGUUUUUGCCAUGGAUAUGGCGAUACUUGCACAUUCUUCUUUGAAGGCAUUGCUAGGUUCAUUGCCGCAUCUGGCUAUGGUGUUUAUGCUAUUGAUCAUCCGGGAUUUGGUCUCUCUGAAGGAUUGCAUGGUUACAUCUAUAGCUUUGAUGAAUUAGCUGACAAUGUCAUUGAACAAUAUGCAAAAAUCAAAGAAAGACCUGAAGUGAAAGGAUUGCCCUGCUUCUUAUUGGGACAGUCCAUGGGUGGAGCUGUUGCUCUCAAAGUACACUUGAAGGAUCCACAAGGAUGGGAUGGAGUGGUCCUUGUAGCACCAAUGUGUAAAAUCGCAGAGGAUGUGACUCCUUCAGAACCAGUUUUGAAGGUUUUGACCCUUCUGUCUAAUGUUGUGCCAACAGCAAAGCUUGUUCCACAGAAAGAUCUAGCUAAAUUGAUGUUCAGAGACCCAAGGAAAAAGAAGAUGGCUGUAUACAAUGUGAUUUCUUAUGAUGAUCGAGUGCGAUUGAGAACUGCUGUUGAACUCUUAAAGGCCACCAAGGAAAUUGAGAUGCAAGUGGAAAAGGUUUCAUCGCCACUGCUGAUUCUUCAUGGAGCUGCAGACAAGGUAACAGAUCCAUUAGUGAGCCAGUUUCUUUAUGAAAACGCCUCGAGCAAGGACAAAACUCUGAAGCUAUAUGAAGAAGGCUAUCACUGCAUUCUGGAAGGGGAACCAGAUGACAGAAUUUUUAGUGUCCUUGAUGAUAUUAUUGCGUGGCUUGAUGCUCGGUGCUAGAUUUAGCAAAAUUAUUUACAUGCAUUGAUUCUUUUCCAUGCUUCUACAUCUCUCCUUAGUGCUACCAAAAAAAGAGGAAUUGAUAUUUAGUAGUAGUCGGGAUUGAUAUUUUUCCAUGUAGUUAGAGACCAAAAGGUAAAUGUCAAUCCAGGAGGCGACUUUUCUGUGUCAACAUUCUAUAAUUAGAGAACAUGAAAUGAGUACGAACCCCAUCGUUCAAAAUUUAACUUUAUAUAUUUCAUUCCAGCUGUUAUGGUGCUCACGUCAUAUUCUCCCUGGUACAUUAAUGCUGAAGUUUGCACACCACACUAAAGAAUUGUUAAACUGUUAGGUUAAGAUCCAUUAUUAAUAUAGG